UUGAUCAGUGGAAGUGUCGGAGGCGCAGCUCAGGUACUCGUUGGGCAACCGCUUGAUACUAUCAAGACUCGUUCUCAGAUCGCACCAGUUGGAAUGUUUUCAGGACCGAUGGAUGUCGCUCGCAAGACGAUUAGUCAAGAAGGUGUUCUAGCCCUUUAUAAAGGCAUGUUCUCACCCCUGAUCGGGGUGGCCGGUGUCAAUUCCUUACUCUUCGGAGCUUAUACAAUUUCUAAACGGCUUGUGAGCCCUUUUCCUGAUCUCAGCAUCUCUCAAACUGCACUUGCCGGCUCGAUGGCAGGUGCAGUCAAUAGUAUCUUGGCAUCUCCGGUAGAGAUGUUGAAAAUCAGGAUGCAGGCUCAGUAUGGAAAGCCCAACGAUAAACGGCUUCGAGAAGUCGUUGCUGAGCUUUGGAGAGAGUGGGGGUUCAAAAAAGGCAUCAUGCGUGGUUUCUGGGUAACCGUUGCACGUGAGAUUCCGGCUUAUGCAGGUUUCUACGCCGGAUUCGAGUAUACAAAGAGAGCUUUUCAAAAAUGGAAGUUUGGUUCAGAUCAUAGACCUCGUCAUAAUCAUCUUCCACAAGCACCCUUACCAGUCUGGGCACUCUUAACAAGUGGUGCAGUAGGUGGGAUAGGAUACUGGACAUUCUGUUAUCCGCUAGAUGUGAUCAAGAGUAGGGUUCAGAUGGCAGAUGUGCCACCCAAAGGUUUCAACUACAUCGCAGACGCCUGGCGACAAAUUUGUAGAGAAGAAGGACCGCGAGCGCUGGUACGCGGAAUCGCACCGACAUGUAUAAUCCCAGCAGCAGCUUCCACCUUUGUAGCAUACGAGUUGAUGAUGGAAUUUCUCCAAAAUCAUACAACUCUGUGA